AUGCGACGCCUGGCGAAGCUGCAUCUCCUAUGUUCGCGGAGACUACAGGAGACUCUGUGGGUUCGCGAAGCGGAGAUUUGCGACAUGCUUGACGCGACUGCGGCAGUCGCUAAUAACUGGGAUCCGAGCGGCGUGCAAAUGCGGGGUUAUUUGAACCGCGCGACUUUGAACAACAUUCUGCGACUGACAGUCGGAAAGAGUUACACCUACAGCACCGUUCAUCGCGCUGCUGCCGCCGCACCAGGGGAAAUGCUCGAAGCGGCGCUGAAAACCGACUGGCAGGGCCGCAUCGCCACUAUCAACGGCGCGAAAUCCGGCGAGUUGGCGGCUAUUGCGGAGGACGAAAUGGAAGGCGAGAAGGUGAUUGCGAUGGUCGAUGAGACGUUUCAGGUGAUGGGAACAUUCAAUCUAGCCGAUUUUAUUCCAUGGCUCAGCCCUCUAGAUCCGCAGCGCAUCUACGCUCGCGCGAAGCGGCUGAAUCCGCGCUUCGAAGGAUAUGUGUUGGCGUGCAUUGUGGAUAGAAAGCAGAUGCUAGAAACGCGGAGAGGGAGAGCGGGGGAACGGGGAGUGGAAGAAGGGGACAAGAGGGAAAGGGCCGUGGGACCAGAAAGGAGGCACAAGAAUGAUGGGGAAGGUGGAAAAGGAGAGGGAGGAGAGGUGAAGGUGGGGAAAGUUGAGUCAGUGGCGGAACGAGUUCUGGUAGACGCUUUGCUAGAAAUCGAGAGCCAAGGGGAGGAAGAGGUAACUGGAAAGGAUAGGGUAACCAAAGAGGAUAUUAUGCUGCUGUGUUUGGAUUUGAUCAAUGCUGGCACGGACACCACUGCCAAGACUGUUGAGUGGGCCCUUGCUGAGCUGGCAAGUCACCCCGCCAUCCUGGAACGGCUCCAAGCUGAGGUGGAUGCCGCAUAUGCCAAGUCAGCAGUUGGAUCAGCCACAGAAGCAUCAGCGGCGGAGGAAGCAGCAGGAGAAUGUAACGGAAAACAGCGCAUUGCUAAACUAUCUCUCCCAGUACAAGAGUUGCCUUAUCUUCAAGCGGUGAUCAAGGAAACUCUGAGGCACCACCCCCCAGUACCGCUCCUCAUCCCUCACAUGACAACUUCCAGUGUUUCUAUUGGCGGAUACACCAUCCCUCCUGACACAAUCAUUCAGAUCAAUGCCUGGGGUCUCGCUCACGAUCCAACGGUUUGGGUCAACCCCCAUAUUUUUUAUCCGAACAGGUUUCUCGGCCCGUGGGCCCCUGAUGUGACCGGGCAGAAUUAUGGUGUGUUGCCGUUCGGUUCGGGCAGGCGUGUGUGUGCAGGCAUGAACUUGGGGCUUGAUCUUUCUGCACGCAUGCUAGCGAGCAUUGUUUUGCGAUUUGAUUUGAAGCUGCCUGAAGAUGUGUUGGCUGCUGGUCGAUUUGACUUCGGAGAGCAUUUUAGUCUCACUUGGGCACUGGCUAAGCCUCUACGACUUGUGUUGCGGGACCGGAAAGGGACGCAGGUGAAGCAGGCUCAUUUUCAGUGA